GGCAUCGGCCAUGCUCACCGCAGCCAAAGGAGACCCCAAGUGGCUGCACACGGUCCUGGGGUCCAUCCAGCAGAACAUCCACUCCCCUGCCCUCCUGUUCAAACUGGCCCAGGACGCCUGUAAGACUGCGACGCCGGCCAGCGCCCCGCCGGACGCCACGCUGCUCAACAUCUCCCUGGAGCUCGGCCUGCAGGUGAUGCGGAUGACUCUGAAUACCAUGACCUGGCGCCGGAGGGAGAUGGUGCGCUGGCUGGUGAGCUGUGCCACGGAGAUCGGGGGGUGGGGGAGAGUGCAGGCGCUGAUGAACAUCAUGCAGAACUGGUACAGCCUCUUCACCCCCAUCGAAGCCACCACCAUCGUGGCCGUGACGGGCACCACCCCGGCCACCCUGCUGCGCCUCAACCUGGCCUUCGGCCAGCGGGACGAGCUGUGUGCCCGGGCCCGGGCCGUGGCCCUGCAGUGCGCCAUGAAGGACCCGCAGAACUGCUCGCUGCCGGCCCUGACCCUGUGCGAGAAGGACCACGCCGCCUUCGAGGCCGCCUACCAGAUCGUGCUGGACUCGGCCGCCGCGGCCGGCAUGGGCCACUCCCACCUCUUCACCGUGGCCCGAUACAUGGAGCACCGGGGGCUGCCCCUCCGCGCCUACAAACUGGCCACCCUGGCCUUCUCCCACCUCAGCAUCGCCUUCAACCAGGACACGCACCCGGCCGUGAACGACGUGCUCUGGGCCUGCUCGCUCAGCCACUCGCUGGGCAAGAGCCAGCUCUCGGCCAUCGUGCCCCUCAUCAUCCAGAGCGUGCAGUGCGCCCCCAUGCUCUCCGACAUCCUGCGCCGCUGGAGCCUGCCCCCGCCGGGCCUGGCCGCCCUCUCAGGCCGCCGCCACGCCGCCAAGCCCCCCGCCGCCCCCGGCCUGGACAAAGCCCCCCUGUGCCAGCUGUUGGAGGCGGCCAUCGCUGCCUACGUCAGCACCACCCACUCGCGCCUCACCCACAUCAGCCCCCGGCACUACAGCGAGUUCAUCGAGUUCCUGUGCAAGGCCCGCGAGACCUUCCUGCUGGCCCCCGACGGGCACCUGCAGUUCGGCCAGUUCCUCGACAACCUCAAACAGACCUACAAGGGCAAGAAGAAACUCAUGCUCCUGGUGCGGGAGCGAUUUGGCUAG